AUCCUCCGCACUUGUUCGACUCUGCCUCCGCCCUGCGUUUCUCAACGACGCAGAACACUGAUGACAACGAAAUAACUGACAGGUAUUAGCACAUUUAAGACUAAACCAAAGCUAUUAGAUCGACACAACUACAAAGGGAAAUGUUUCGAAUGAGGGAACCGUUUGAGAGCGAAAAGCUCCAACUACAGGAGCUCAACCAGAGACUCGGCCAGUACCUAAUGCGCGCAAAACAGUUGGAGCAAGAAAAUACCAGCUUGAUAAGCGAAAUUAAUUCAAUCCGAAAAAACAGGUCUGGAGAAUGGGAAAACAAACACAUGUCCGAGCUCCGGGAAAUGAGGAGACUGGUGGAGCGUUUAUCUUUCGAGAAAUGCAGAGCAGAGAUGGAGCGACAGAAGCUGCGCAAUGAACUUCAGAUGCUUCAAGCGAUGCGUUCAGAGGAGGCUUCGGUGAGCAAAGGCGUCGACACGGAGCUGAAAGGCUGCGAGAGGCAGCUCCAUAACGCUCUUCAGACCAACGGUGCUUUGGAAGAUCGCCUCAUUGAGCUCGAAAACGAAUAUAAGUUUUUGGAAGAUGCCCACAGAAAAGAAAUCGCACACCUGAGGGACCAGGUGCACUCCCGAACUGUACGCGUCGUGACUCAAACGUAUCACGCACCUCCAGCAGUUACGAUGGAAGAGGUGCAGGAGUACGCGGCCAACUUCACCGAAAACUGGCAGGGGACUUUGGACAUGUAUCGCCUGAAGGCAGAGGAGAUCGAAGAGUCUAUAAGAGCAGACCAGGCCAGGCUGGACGACAUUCAGAGGGAGAAGAGGGAAUACGCUUCACAGUUCAAGAGGCUGCACGACGAGAUUGAGAAACAAACCAAAGUGCAGCUGAACCUUGAGGAGCAUCUCAUGAACAUGCAAGAAAAUUUCAGAGCUGAAAUCUGCAAGUAUCAGGCUAUCAUUGAAGAACUGGAGUAUGAGCGCAGAAUGCUGUCUAACACCAUCUCAGAGAAGCUGAAGGACCAUCAGGAUCUCUUACAGGUCAAGAUGGGCCUUGCUCUGGAAGUGGCUGCAUACAGGGCACUCUUGGAAGAAGAAGGAAGACAUGUUCAAACGUGGCCUACUCAGCAUUCAAGAGAAAGAAUAAUAGAUAUAAAAAUGCCGGCCCAUACUUACACUCCAAGAGUGUCUGUCAAUUCGGCAAGUCGACCAGACAUGAGGAAAAAAGCCUUUACAGAAGUGAAAUAUAUGGAACCAGUUUCUAGCCUGAGAACCUCAUCUACUUCAAGUCAGUUUCAUUCUUACGAACCCUCCAGGAUCGUGCCUAUCAGUGUAUCAAAUCGUGCCCAGCAAAGUCCUGCUUCAAGAAGAGACAUGAUUUCCUUCACUAAAGCAGCACAGGCAGCUGCUUCCAGUACCCCAAAACCUGGAGUCUCUUCUGUUGAGAUAAAAAGAGAGGAGACAGAUCACGAUCAUAGAAUUAUGAGAAAAGAGAUUUCACAGCACUCUUCAAAGGGCUCGCUUGAUCAUACCCCAUCUAGAAUUGAAAGUACACAAAGCUCUACAGCCUUAAAAAUACAGAAACCAAAGCCAGUGAAAGUGAUAUCACCUCCUGUGAGUUUGAGCAAGACCACCACUGAAGAAAGCCGGAAAGAUGUUGAACCAAAAGCAAAGAGAAUGGAUGCCAAACAAGAUAAAGAAAAAUCCAAGGUAACAAUGGAAGCUAAAGAUGAGAAAGAGUGUGAAAAUGUAGGACAUAAGGUGUUUAUAGGUGAGGAAAAAGUUUUAGAUGCAGUUUCUAUGGAGGAAAUUAUUCAGCAGGUCAUGAAACCAGCUGGUUUAGAUCCUAAGGUCAGCUCAUCCCCUGACUCAAAAGUCACAUAUCAUGUGGAGAAAACAGAGAAAGAGGAUGGAACCACCAAGACUCAGAUUGUCUUACAAUCUAAAGUCGAGGAGGAAGUGGACCUGUCGGAAGAUUCUGCCUUGGAGGAACUUCUCAGCAAAGGAGUCACGAAAGUCACCCUGGAGAACAUAAAAGGAACCCCAACAGGAACAAUGAUUGAGAACUUGCUGAGUCUUGGCCUGCAAGGUGAGAAUUUGGAAAAUAGGUUAGUGAAUGUCGAGAUAAUAGAGGAACCGGUGGAGUCUGAUGAGGAAGGUGAAAUUGAAAUAGAGGAGACUGUGGAGAUUAAGUCUAAACAACCAAACAUCGAUCCCUCAUCGAUGUUCUUCCAAAUCGAGGAGUUGGAGAGUGACCCUAAGACCAUGAAACCUGAUAAGAGUGGUUCUGCUGAAGCCUCAAAAUAUGGAAACAGUGGCUCUGUCCAGGUUCAGGAAGUUACCAGAGAUGAAAGCUUACCCUACUUCUCGCAUGGCCAAGACUCACAAGAGUACUUUGUCUCCACUCCUGAAGACAAUAUGUCAGAGUCUGAGGAGGGUGGGAGGUUUAUGUCUUAUAGCCAUUAUGGAGUCGUUGAUGAUCUGUCUGAUGAAAGAUAUUACCAGGAAGACGAUCCCAAACAGCCCACUGCGGAAGGUCACAGUUACAGAGAUUCACCUGAAUAUGAACAUUCGUUUUUGAGAGACAAUAUCCAAGACUGCAUAAUUGAAGAGGAGGUGCAUGUCUCUCCCACACUGCAACAGUCCAUUGUGGGGAUCCUCAGGGAGGACUCACUAGACCCUGAACAGCAGCUUAGAGGAGCAUUAGAGCAAAUCCAAGACACUGUAUCUGGAGCCCUCAAAGAAGAGCUUGCCUUUUUUACGAAAGGUAGAGAGACUCCAGAAAAUGUCUCCGUAGACAUUAAAAAGGUAGAACAAGUUACAGACAAUGGAACCAUGACCAUUGUGGCAGAGCUUAAUGUUUCCCAGACAUUGGAGGAGUCUGGGUUGCUGGAAGGAGAAGAUGAUCUAUCUGAAGAGCAGAUAAUGGCAGCACUAAGCUCAUCCCACCCAAAUCUCCAGCAGGCUAUUGGCGGAGGAGCUGGAGUAGGAUACACCAUGAAAAUUUCCCAAGACGAGAUUCAAAUGGAGGGAAUGCCAUGGAUGACCGGUGAUGAAGAGAUCCGACAAUGGAGCUCAACUGAUGAGGCUGGCAAGACUGAAAAACACAUCAAUCUGGGCCCUAGUGAGAAAUCCUUCACUUUUCAAAUGGAUGUGAACAAUGGCUCUUCAGCAUCAGCAAGCGGAGGAGCCGUUGAAGUACAAAGAAGCGGCAGUGCUACUGAUUUCCCACAAACCCAGAUGAUUGAUCCCCACUUGAAGGUCUGUCAUGAGAAAAGGGUCGCAACUGUUUAUCUCGAAAGUCCCAAAGAGUGAUAUCAUAACAAAAUCAAAUUAAUUAUUAAUUAAAUUACACAAAAUAUCAUGUCAAUCACAUAAUUAGUUAUAAAUCGGACAAAUGAAACAAGGUUUUUGUAAACCAAAAAGCCAUGGUCCAUCAUGACUAUACACUACUGUUCAAAAGUUUGGGGUCAGUAACAUUUAAAUUUUUCAGAAAUUAUGCAUUAAAUUGAUCCAAAGUUACAGUAGAAACAUUUCUGUUGGUUUCUGUUUUAAAUAAAUGAUGUUGAAUGAUGUGACACUGAAGACAUGAUUAAGGCUGCUGAAAAUUCAGCUUUAAUUUUUUUUAAUUUACAGGAGUCAAAUACAUAUUAAAAUACACUCAAAAUAUACUUAAACAGUCAAUUGAAACUGAAAAAAAAAAUCAUACAAAUGUUUUACUUUAAUUCUAAAAAAAUGCAGCUAUGGUGAGCGUAAAUGGCAAAAAAAAAGAUGCUUCACGAUGCCAAAGAACCUUUUUGUCUAAAUGGAAAUAACCUUUAACAUCUGAAGAAACUUUCUGUUGUUCAGAUUAUGUAAGAAAGAGAUGGUUAUUUAAAGAACGAUCGACUUGAAUGGUUCUUUGUGGAACCAAAAAUGGUUCUUCUGUGGCAUCGCUAUGAAGAACCUUUUAAGCGUCUUUAUUGUUCUUUCAAAACCCCCAAGCAUUUAAAUAGCAGUGUAUUUGACAUUUAGUACCUAAUGUUUUUGUUUGAUCUUGAAGUAUAUUUUUGUAUUAACUAUCUGGAGAUUUUAUUUUACUUCAUUUUCAUAUAGUGCAGCUUUAUCUAAGCACAGAAAAAGUGAAAUUCAGUGUUUUCUUUUCAAUGUUUAAGUAGCAAUCCUCUUAAAAAUAUACAUUGUUGAAACGAUUUGUUCUACUUUCCACAGCACUGCAGAGGCAAGCUUGGCAUGUUAUAAAAGCCUGUUUAUGAUACAUCAUUAAAGAAUGAACAGAUGCAUACAUUUACAAAAUUAUGCAGAAAUUGUAGAGUAUUGCUCUCUUUAAUUGGCCAUUUAUUCAAAACUUUAUUCAUAGUAUCACAGAUAUUUUCAGUAACACAUUUGAAUAUUUUUGGCCACGCCCAUGAAAUCAUUUUAUUUAGUGGUCUGCAUUUGGCCACAGUCACUGUAUUGCUCUACUGAAGGCGAAAAGCACUAGACUGUCCUUCCUGUCUCCCAGAGAUCUCUUAAUCCUUAAAUGACAUUAGACCAGCGAGGACUAAUCUAGCUAUCCUGCUCUUCCAGGACAACCCAUUUUUCAUUGCUCUAGUACUGUACAAGGAUUGUGGGAGAGGGAGGAGUGUGAUCGUAGAAAUCUCACAUUAAAAAUAAGUGCUAGGCAGCUUACACAGAAGUGUGUAAGUGCUUCCAGAAUAGCUGUUCGGUGCCAUUAAGUCUGUGUCACAACCUAUUACACAGAAUGAGGAUUCAGCUUCACUAAAGAGGGGGUCUAAUGAGAGUCUAUUUUUAGGAUUCAUACUCUGCCAUUGACACCUAUGUAAAAUAGCGUUAAUCUUCAGUCUGAGGAUUUAAGGUGUAAGCAUGUGCUAUUUUUCUAUUAUCUUUAACAGAUAUUAAUGUUAACGUCAUCAGAUACUGCAGUGGUGACUGUCCUGUGCCUAUUAACAGUGAUGGGGAUGAAAAAAAAAAAAAUCUAGAAUUUCAACUUUAUUUAGGGUUUCAUGGCUGUAUUCUCAAUAUAAUGUUAACACAGUGAUACCAGGAGUUUGGAUACAUUUAAUUUUACUUCAUAACCUAAAAAUUACUAAUCAGUGGUGCUGAAUCUCAUUUAUUUACUCAUUUUCAUGCUCACAAUAUGAUUUUUCACAUUUAAGUGACUUAAAUAGCAAGGCGACUAAAACACCUUUUUGGUUUGUUUUUGUUAAAGGGCUGUUUGGGUCUUAUUGAUUAGGCUGUUACAUAAAAAAAGAUUGGGAAACACUGUGUUAACACAUACGUGAGUGAUUAAAGAUUAGUCUAUUUAUCAUUAUUAACCACCUAUCUUCAUCUCCUUGAGAUGGUGUUUCAGCACCUGCUGUUUUUUGUCUGAAUCUAUGCAUAGGGUUCUACGACUCAACCAACACUGUGUGAAACCUCAUUUUGCACAGAUUUACACUACGCUAUAGUAGAUUUACUGCCAUAGCAAACAUUGGUUUGGGAUUGCAGAUUACAGAUGUAUUUUUGCUAAAUGAAAUUUCACAAAAUGGAUGUUGUGUGUUGUACUCUUAAGAAAAAGACUAGUCGGCUCACUGUCUGAACAUUGGUUUACAUGCAAACACAAUAAACAAACCCUUACAGCUU